UGACGUCCAAAAGUUGUGUCGUUAAUUUCCAGAUUAAUUUAAUAAAUAUUAUUAUUAUAAACUUGAAUUUUACUCUGGUGUGAAUUGUAAUGUAAUACCGUUUUUAUUAGUAGAAAAGUUUGUUACUCAGUGGCCACUAUGUCGGCUCCGACAAAAAAACGAUUGCUGCAACCACGAGAAUCUGAUGGCAAUGCUUCCGACGACCAAGAGGAUAAUGUCGAACAAAUGGUAAAUAGGUUAAUAUUCAGAGAAAUUUCUACACGAAAAUUUACAUUAUGUACAUUAUAAAAAAUAACCUCCUAGAAUAAUGGGGACAGGUGCAGCUACUACUAUAAAGUACCUCCCACACCGAUUUCCUUUCAGUAAAUGUGCUACUCACAGAAAUCCGAGCAAGUCUUCUGGUAGAAAAGUUGUUAACAGAUAAAAAAAAAAAACAAAAUAUCUUUGUAGGUUUUAUGAAACCCCUCAGAAUAUAAAAUAAAUUAAAUCUAAAAUCAUCAUAAACUAAUUAGUAUCAUGCCGUCGUUCGAAUGAUUUUUAGUGGAAAUAUCAUAGUAAUAUGCUAUUAUUAAUGAUAUAGAUAAAUUUUAAUUCCAUUUACACCAUAAAUAUACGCAUAAUUGUGACCGUGUGAGCUAUCUAUUGAUACUUUGGGCCAAAUUAACAAUUUAUAGGUUUCCCUUUUGCUUAUACCACUGAGCUAUCUAGUGUAUAUUUAAUCUAUGAUUUACACAUUCUGUUUUUGUUUAAGAUUAUCGACGUAGAGUUUGAGGGUCGUAAUCCAGAAAGUUCAGAUUUUCACAGUGUCAAACAAUUAUUACAACAGUUGUUCUUAAAAGCCCAAGUAAACCUGUCCGAUAUGGCUUCGAUAUUGGUAAAUCAGCGUGCUAUUGGCAGUGUGUUAAAGGUAUGGCCAACGAUUAUUAUUAUUUUCAAGUGAGACUGUUUAAACAUUAGUUAUUGAGCAUGUAAAUAAAUAAUUGAUAAUUUCUAUCGAAUCGUAAAACAAAAUAGUCGAUUUCCAUAAGCUACAUUUGAUUUCCAUCAUUUGUUUGACAAUGUUAAUCAACAUUGAUUUAUGAUUUAGCAAGUUGUUGAAGACGAAGAUGAUGAUGAUGAUAAUGAUGAUGUGGAUAGCAAUCAAGUAUUUGGAAUAACUACAAUACUUAACAUGACUGAUGAGGUGAUGGCAUAUUGAUAAUGCAUACCUAUUUAUUUUUAAAUUAAAAUAUUUGUGUAUAUUACAGAAAAGCGAAUGUGUAGAACAAUUACACAAAUUGCUAUUGGAUUUGAGUAAACAACAUAGUGAAGUUGACACAUUCAAUUUCAUAAAUAAUUUAUUGAAAGACAAUAAACAACCAGUAGCGUUAUUAAUAAAUGAACGAUAUGUAAACAUCCCACCUCCAAUAUCUGUACCAUUAUUGCAGUCCAUUAGGUAUAUUAUAUAGGUUUAUUAUCAUUAAUAAAGAAAAAAACACCUUUAUGGUUAGUGUUAAAUUAUUACACAAAUAAAUAAAAUUACAUUCCGAGCUAUAUAAAGUGCAUUAAAAAUUAUAUAGAAAAUGUAACAAAUAAAUAGUUUUAGAUUUUAUAGUUCUCACCAUUUUGUAAGAAUUUCACUUUAUAACUAACAUUGCGAUACAAUAUUAUUUCAGCAAGGAGUUGGCCAAAAUGAAAGCUUCAAAUCCAGCAAGUGAUUUUGCUUAUCUUAUUAUGAUAUGUAAGCUAUAUAAGGUGAAACAAAGUAAGAGAGAGAACAAAAAAAAUCAAAGUGAACAAGUAUGGUCAAAUGCAGAAGAAGAAGUGUUCGAUGAAGUACGUAUCAAAAUGAAAUAAAAAUGUUUAUUCAAAAUCAAAGUUUAAUGAAACUUAUUUUUAUAUUUAAUUUCCUUGUAUUUCAGGAAGCUGAAUACAAAUUUGAAUUUUGUGUGAAAAAUGAAAAGGGCUCUGGCAUGUCAGGCAGUUGGGAUGAAGGGGAUUGUGAAAUGAUUCCGUACAGACGUGUACUACUUUUCCCUACAAAAAAACUUGAUUUCAUUACUAACAAAAUACAAUCUUUAUUGAAUAGUAGAUAAUUAAUAUCAUAUUAA